GCUUACGUUCACCCAUCGGAUCGGGUGGUAAGGCCGAUGCGAAUCAGUUGCUGCCAACUCGUUCGUCAGCAAGGACGUUCAUUCACAGAACAACAACAGAACGGAGAGAGAGUGUGCUGAAGAUAGAAGUUCUUAUAGUUUUUUUGAAAGUUAUUAACAAGGUUUUAGAUUUUUUUCGUAAUUAUCUUCAUUGAGAGGAAGGAUUGUGUAACGUGAUCGCUUCGGGUCCCCGAUAAUCGCCUUGAGCGCUGUGUAUCAACGUGUGUGAUCUUUGAGAGAUUGAAGAGAUCGGUCGGUGAGGAUCCCGAUCGGAAAUUGGAUAUCAAGUGUCAUACAGUUUUGUUGGAAGUUUUUACGGUUCAACUAGAACCGGCAGCUGCAGAGGAAGCAAGUGAAGCACUAUACUCGAUCAAUACAUUUUUUAUAGUGGCUCGUUGUGAAUGAAUUAGAAAGGAGCAAGUUUGUGUUUUUUUUUUUGGUGAGAAGAGAAAAAGGAAGAUUCGCUUCCGGUGCGAAGAUUUUUUCCAGUGAAGAGGAAUCAAGUGAUCAGUUCGUCAAACUGGAACCAGCCGUUUCCGAUGGUAGUUUAGGAGGAAGUUUUGGUAUCAAAUCGGCACACCAGUCUUGCGUCACCAUGGUUCGAUCGUUGUCACAGUGGACCAAAACGCUCAGCUUUCCGGCCCGGAUUUCCCCGAAUCGGAACUCGAAAGAGUGCAGCGUAAACGUGCUGCCAAUUACACCGCCUCCGGCACCGCCGAGGAACAAGUCGACCACUUCGACGACCUCGUCGGCAUCGUCGUCGACUUCGGCGCUGUCCCAUUCGUCGGCUACUUCGUCGCCUUCACCGCCACCGAACGUUCCGAUCACGGAAAUCAGCCAAAUUAUCUACCCGGACCCGGAAUCGGAGAAGGCCAUCAUGGGAUCGCUGGUGUUCUGCAUCCAUCACAAGCAGGGCUGCAAAUGGUCCGACGAACUCCGCAAACUAAAGGCUCACCUGAACACCUGUAAGCACGAUGCCAUCCAGUGCCCCAACAAGUGCGGUUCGCAAAUCCCGCGGGUAAUGAUGACCGAUCAUCUGGCCUUCACCUGCAUUCUGCGUCGUGCCAUCUGCGAGUUUUGCAAUGUGGAAUUCACCGGGAUCGGUCUCGAGGAGCACGCGGGAACCUGCAGUUCCGAACCGAUCUACUGUGAAUCCAAGUGCGGAACACGUGUCGUUCGUGGCCGCAUGUCCAUCCACCGUGCCAAAGAUUGUGCCAAGCGAUUGCGGAGAUGUCCGCACUGCAGUCGGGAGUUCAGCGCUGAUACGCUAUCCGCUCACGGAGCCACGUGUCCAAGAAGCCCAGUGCCAUGUCCCCAGCGUUGCGAUGCAGGUCCAUUUGCAAGGGCUGACCUCGAAGGUCACCUACGUGACGAAUGCAAAGCGCUUUCAGUACCUUGUACCUUCAAAGAAGCCGGCUGCCGGUUCAAAGGGCCACGCCAUCUAUUAGAAGCUCACCUCGAGUCCAACACUUCCUCUCAUCUGUCGCUAAUGGUUGCCCUUUCCGGCCGACAGGGGCAACAAAUCAACAUGCUCAAAAAUGCUAUGGCCAAACUCAGUACCAACUACACCGGCACGCUCCUGUGGAAAAUCACCGACUGGUCAGCUAAAAUGGUCGAAGCCAAAAGCAAGGACGGGCUCGAGCUGGUUUCACCACCCUUCUACACCAGUCAGUACGGUUACAAACUACAAGCAUCCAUGUUUCUCAAUGGCAACGGACCUGGCGAAGGAACGCAUGUCUCCGUCUACAUAAAGGUCCUUCCCGGCGAAUAUGACGCUCUGCUGAAAUGGCCAUUCUCCCACUCAGUUACCUUCACCCUGUUCGAGCAAGGAACCCUCGGCAGCCAAGGAGGAGUCGCAGAAUCAUUCGUACCGGAUCCUUCGUGGGAAAACUUCCAACGCCCGUCCACCGAACCGGAUGCCCUAGGAUUUGGAUUCCCACGGUUCGUAUCCCACGAGCUCCUCAACCGCAGGCCAUUUGUUCGCGAAGACACCGUCUUCCUGCGCGUCAAAGUGGAUCCCAGCAAGAUCGUCGCCGUAUGAAACAACAAAACAAAUAAAAGACUCCUAGCUUGUAAGCGUUAUACCCACGAUUACCCACAACGAGAGAACAAUGAACUGCAUUUAUACUAUGAUUCGCAUUCUGUACAUAUAGACGAGCGAAACUAGCAUAUACUGAUAGCGUAGCGUUAGGCAAGCGAUUGUUAGAGGGGAUCCCUUGAACCACCUGUACAUAGAACAUGAAAUUCGAAUUCAGGGUCAACCCUCGGCAACACCAAAACUCUGUAUAAGCACAUCCGAGCGAUGAACGCCACAACGAAACGAAUCAGCUUGACAAUCUCAAUUUUCUAAGUUAGGAUUUUGUUAUUGUAUCGUAAAAGAACAAACCUUUCUAGCGUAACGUUCUAAAGGCAUUACAACCUAUAACUGUUUGUAAUAUUCCACUUCCCUACGAACGUGUAUCAAAGGACGGAAAAGAAGUAAUACUACUGCUGGAAUCAUGCCAAAGUUUUGUUUGGAUGGCUUUGCGCGACCUGAUCCGGAAUCGUGUUUUCUUCCGGACAGGCAAAGCUUACAUCAUAAUCAAAAAUAAUUUUCCCUGUCUUUCUUCAACUUUCUCUUCUCAUCUGUCAAAGUUUUUAGUUCUAAUAAAAAUUUUCCCAGACUGUCUAAUUUUACUUUUUAAUUCAGGGUUAUUAUUUUGUUGGUUGUACGUAAAGGUCAAAAGGAGUAAUCAAACAUUUUUCUCUAUUAGAUAAGUAUUUCGAGUCAUUAGGAUAUAGUGAUUAAUUGUUGAAUAUCGAUUCUUGGAUUUAAACUCGCUGCACAGUACACGCAUGAUGUUAUUCAUGCAUGCGGUUUUGGCGAGAUCAUAGCUAGGGAACCAUUUCAACACAAAUGUAGUCCAUAAGUCGUAUUUAACCAUGGCUAGUUUUUAAGGAAUUACACACAAAACGUAGUGAUAAGUUUCGCAAUUGAACGAAAAUACAAAUCAAAACGAAUCAAAUAAUGCAAA